AUGGAGAGUGGAGCAGGGAAGCAUUGGACUGAGGAGGAGGUUAAAGCCUUGUUAAGCGUCUGGUCAGAAAAAAAUAUCAGAAAACAACUCCACGGCACCCUGAGGAAUAAAGGAAUAUUUAUCUACAUUGCUAAGAGGUUGCAGGAGUUAGGAGUUUGCAGGGAUUGGAAACAGUGCCGUGCAAAGUAUAAAAAUCUGAAGUAUGAAUACAGAACGGUUAAAUAUGCCCACAACUCUGGGGAUGUCACUAAAACCAUGAAGUUUUUCCAUGAUCUGGAUGCCAUAUUGCGCUAUGAACCUGUCACACAGUUAGCAGCAGAAGAAAACGGCAGGUGUCCUGCGACUGAGACGCAGCUGAACACAAGCCCCACAGCAGAGAGCACGCAAGGUGAAAUAUCAGUUUCUUUAGAAGAUGAUGAGGAUGCUGCAGGAGAUCCACUACUUUUUAUGUCCCAUGUCAGACCAGUUCAACUAGGUAAUCCAACGUCAGCAGUAGAGGCUUCCAAAAGACCGGCUUUUAUUCCAACAGUAGCAAAUGAAGGAGGAAAACACUGGACUGUUAAUGAAGUCAGAGCUUUGAUAUGCAUAUGGUCAGACAAAAAUAUCCAGCAACAACUGGAGGGGACAGUGAGAAAUAAAAGAAUAUUUGAACAAGUUGCUGCUAGACUUCAAAAGUUUGGAAUUGACAGGGACUGGAAGCAGUGCAGGACAAAAUAUAAAAAUCUGAAACAUGAAUACAAGAGUGUAAAGAGUGCCCAAGACUCAGGGAGUACAAGUAAAAGUAUGAAAUUUUUUAAUGAACUGGAUGCUAUUCUGGGGCAUAGCACCAUGGAACAAGCAAGUAGAUCAGAUAAUGAUGAAAGUGAGAGGCCUCCAGAAUGGACAGAAGCAAAAUCAGAAAAGGACUCCAUAGAAAUGCCUGGGGACACAGGUGAAGAGGACUCUAUUAGUAAUAUGUCAGAAGACCUACGGGUUGCAGAUAUAAAGAAAGUUUCUGACUCAGAUGAUGUUACUGUAAAUACUACUCCAGAGAAACUGGCAGCUCUGCAUAUAGCGAAAGAAACAGCUAUGACAA